AUGUCUGCUGCCACAGCCAUGGAUCAGUUGAAGGGGGAUUUGGCUGCUACAGCCAAUUUUCUCCAGUCCAUGACUGCACUCCCGAACUACGACAGUGUUAGAGAGGUGCAAGCAAAAGCCCUUUGCCAGCGAGUGAAGAACCUUGCCUCCGUGGAUGCAAAUGGAGCCUCAGCCCUGCUGGCUGCAUGGACUGCAGGAAAGCAAUGGACUUCUCCACAAACAAAGGAGUUCAGUGAUCUCUUGGCUGGAGCAGUAGCUAGAACCAACACCGGGGCAGGUCAGGGUGGCAAGAGAGCUACUCAGAAAGUUGAUGCUUUCGAACCUUACCUGUCCGUCAAAGAUAUCCAGGCUUUGGAAGCUGGUGACAACAUCCACGUGAAGUUGGAUGUCUUGGCAUGCCGGUGCAUCAAGCUGAGGCUCACCUGCCCAUCUGAGGCUUGCUGCAAAGCGAUCUUGGCAGCUGGCUUGGCCAGGGCAGGCGGUGAUGUGGGGGCGGUUGACAGCUAUGCCAACAAGCAGUUGUUCAAGAAAAUGCUGAAAAGCAAAGCCAAAGGCUUGCCCAAGAAUGGCUUUCACCUCGAGCAUUAUCCAGCAUCGCCAGACAAUCUGCCCCCUGAGCUCGCCGAUGCAUACUCUCAAGAGGAUCCUGCAUGCACUGUGCAGAUGCAAUCUCCCGACAGGGUGCAGGCAGCAUCAUCUGCACUCGUGUUGAGAGGGAGCUCGAAGAAGCUUCGUGGUGGAAACAUGAUGGGUGCCGGUGGCAUGCAGAGCUGGCCUGCAAGUGGCAACAACAACCCCAUGAACAUGCAAUUCAACAUGGGCCUGCAAGGAAUGCAGCCCGGGAUGACGAUGAUGGGUAUGAUGAACACCAUGAACAACAUGAUGCAGAGGCUCAUGCAGGACCAGAAUAGGCAGCAGCAGGACCCGAUCCCGAACAUGCAGUACUUCGCACCCGGUGGAGGUCAAGCGGGGGCAACCACCAUGGGCCAGGGGCCUGCAGCAGGAACCCAGGCACCUGCAGCAGCAACCCAGCAGGCACCCGCAGGGGCAUCUGCAUCGGUCCAGCAAACAGCACUUGUGGCGGCAACGAAUGCAUCAGCUGGUGUCUCGCCGGCAGUGCAGUUGGAGAUGAGUGAUCCUGAAAACGACGAGGCCGACGAGGCAGAAGUGUUGAGGCAGGCUGGGCUCGUUGCAGAUGCAGUCAACAAGAAGAAGGGGAUUAUUAAGAAGCCUGCAGGCUUGCCCAAGGCAAAGGCAAAGGGCAAAGCCCAUGCCAAAGCAAAGGCAGCCAGUAAGGCCAGUGCCAAGGCCAGUGCCAAGGCCAGUGCAAAGGCCGUUGCAAAGGCCAGUGCAAAGGCCAAAGCCGCCCCGGCCGGUAGCAGAGAAUACUAUGCCAAUCUUUCCAUGAAGAAAAGGGCAGUACUGAAGGAAGUGGCUGCAUGCCCUGAAGUCCUUGACUCAGCCUCCCGGCGAGGCAUCAAAAGGGCACGGGAUUCCGAGCUGGAUGCAGAGACUCCUCAUGGCCCUUUGGUGGCCAAGAUUACAGUACCUGUGGAGGUGAAGAGCCGAAAGGCAGCUGGAGACGAGGAGGUGAAGAUCGUGCCGACAGAGCUGCCGAUCCUCAACCUGAUGGCAUGGAUAUGGCAUGUUUGCCAGUCCAUGCCUGGUGUAGCUGCCUUUUUGCAAAGGCAGCUAUCGAAGUACCCGUGCACAGCAACCAGCCCAUGGCGAAUGGCUUUAUACAAUGAUGAGAUUAGUCCUGGCAACCAGCUAAAAGCCAGCAACACCAGGAAGAUCCAAGGGUACUACCUCAGUUUUCUCGAGUUUGAUGCUGAAGGCCGAUGCCAAGAAAACCUUUGGUUUCCUUUGAACUUGACUCGGUCUUCGGUGGUGAACAAGAUCCAAGGCGGGCUGUCUGCACUCACCCACAUUCUGGCAGCUUUGAAGUCUAUGUACGACUUCAAGGGCUCCAGUGGGACUUUGGUUUGCCCGCUAUGUGCCAACAUAACAAGCAAGACCCACGGUGAUCUGCCAGCAAAUGACCACUCGGGAGAAUUGCAUGACAUAUCAUGCAUCGACAGCAAUCUGUUUGUCCGCAGAACCGACAAUCAGAUCUUCACUGCACAGGCACUGCUGGCGAGAAGGCAACCCAUGCUGAGCAAAAAGGAUUUUGCCUUGCUGGAGUCCAGCAUGGGGUUGAACUUUAACCCAUCUGGAGUGCUUGCUCACAAAAGCAUGCCGCUUGUGAAAUGCUUGAUGUGGGAUUGGAUGCAUUGUUAUGUGGUAAGCGGCCUCCUGCACGUGGAAUUGAGCUUACUCUUGCCACUCUUGCAUGUGCAGGGUGCAACAUUUCAGGUGAUCCAGAGCUUUAUCUCAGAGUACGAAUGGCCUCACAACCUGAAGAACCGGAGAAGAGAAAUCUUGCAUUUGUUCGACAAAAGGAGCAAACCUUCUGAGUUCAAGGCCGGUGCUUCGCA